GCGGAGACCGGGCGGCCGCUUGGGACCCGCUGCAGCGGGAGCCACGCUAGGUCGGCGGGGGACGCGCGAAUGCCGGGGGCGAGGCGGAGACGCCCGUAGCUCGCGGCAGUGUGCUGGAACUUAGAGCUCCCUGGAAUAUCCAGACGUUGAUUCCAGUAUGGCUGAAGUCAAGGUGGAAGUCCGGAGCAGUGUAGACUGGCAGAAACGCUGCCUGGCCCUGGAAACGCAGCUCUUCCGCUUCCGCCUUCAGGCCAGCAAAAUAAGGGAGCUGCUGGCUGACAAGAUGCAAGAGCUGGAGCAGAGGCUGAUGGAAGCAGAGCAGAGAGCAGAGAAUGCGGAGACUCAGGUGGGUAUGAUGGAAGAGAAAGUCAGACUAUCCAAUCUGAAGAACGUGGACUCCACGGGUAGCCUACACCCAAAGUACCAAGAAUUGCUGAAAGCUAUGCAAGAAAAAGAUGAACUCAUCAGCCAGCUGGAGGCAGAGCUGGAGAAGCAGAAGCAGAUGAGAGCCGAUGAAGCCAAAAUUGUUCAAGAAAAAGCUGCGAAGAUUAAGGAGUGGGUGACAGUAAAGUUAGCAGAGCUUGAAAUAGAGAAUCAGCACCUGAAGAGCUGUAAUCAGCACCUGGUGGAGCAGGUGGGAGCCCUUCAGGAUGCACUAGAAGCUCUUCAGAUGACACCUUCAGAGAAGCUUCUGGUAGACCCUGAAGGAACCCCAGAGCAGGAUUCUGUCCCUUCAGGACCUGGAGCCCAGCCUGUGGGGCAGGACAGUGAUGCCCAGACCCAACUUCUGAAUGUGGUUGUGCCUGUACCUUCUCUGAGUGCCCUGCAGAGCAAGGACUCUGCAUCUGAAGCCAGAAGUCUUGAGGAUUUGAGCUCCAGCAUGGCUAAACACAGCAUGGGCCACCCUGGGGAAAUAGCAGAGGCCAAGACCCUUCAAUCACAUCUGGGAAGAGAGGGCUCUUUCAGCCAGCUGUGCAUGGAGUCUGGCAGCCCCAGAUGUGGGUCAUCCUCUUUCAGGGAGGGUCUGGUCACUACUCAGAGAGGGACACUCCCUGGGACCAAGGCCUCUGCCAGGGAAGGCGGCCCUGGCAGUAGCCUGACCCUACCGAAGGUACGAGCUCCCAGUAUCCCAAGGGACAGCUUCCAGGUGGCCAGAAGGCACCACAGUCAGCCCCAGGUGGGCCCUGGGCAUUUUGACCAUGUGGUGAACAUUAAGAUUGGGACCCUGCCUGCCCUCCAUCCCUCUGGCCACUCCAAGUCCAAAGUCAGAGCUGAAGUCUGGGAAGAAGCAGAGAAGAUGGAGAUGGAAGCGCCACCUCCAACAGGGAAACAGGAAGAAGAAGAGAGCCUGAAGCCUUCCAGAACUGAGCUAGAGGAAGUGGACCUGGAGAAUAAACCACCCACACCUCCCCUGCACCGGUUUCCAUCCUGGGAGAGCCGGAUCUACGCAAUGGCCACAUCAGGGAUGCAGCUUUCAGACGUGUCUUCUCGAAAUAAUACUACCUGCUGCGCUUCAAGCCCUGCUGCCCUUGCAUCCCCUGGGGCUUUCUCUGGCCUUGUCUACAAGAAUGUCACUGUACCUGUCUACACAACGCUGAAGGGGAGAGCCACACAGAUCAGCAGUGUGCCCUUUGUGGAUGAGUCCUCUGGGUCUGAUGAUGACUGUGGCUCUCAAGCAAGUUUCUGGAUGUCAGCCCCUUGCUCCGAGUGCAAGAAGACGAGUGGACUAGGCAGCCCUCGGGCCAUCAAGAGAGGGGUUUCCAUGUCCUCACUGAGCUCUGAGGGUGAUUACGCCAUUCCUCCUGAUGCCUGCUCACUGGACAGUGACUACUCAGAGCCUGAGCACAAACUCCAGCGCACCUCAUCCUACUCUGUUGAUGGGCUGAGCCUGAGUGGGGAGUCACUGGAGAAGUCAGGCUACCUGCUGAAAAUGGGGAGCCGGGUGAAGACAUGGAAGAGGCGCUGGUUUGUCCUGAGACAGGGACAAAUUCUGUACUACAAGUCUCCGAGUGAUGUCAUCCGGAAACCUCAAGGUCAAGUGGAUCUGAACUCCCACUGCCAAAUUGUUCGAGGGGAAGGUGCUCAGACAUUCCAGCUCAUCUCUGAGAACAAAACCUACUACCUAACUGCAGAUUCGCCCAGCCUGCUGGAAGAGUGGAUCCGAGUCCUACAGAGCUUGCUGAAGGUGCAGGUCACUGGGCCUCCAGCACUGCAUCCAGGAGGCACCAAGCCUACUGUAAAGGGCUGGCUAACCAAGGUAAAGCAUGGCCACUCCAAGCUGGUCUGGUGUGCUCUUAUUGGGAAAACCUUCUACUACUACCGGAGUCAUGAGGACAAGCGACCCUUGGGCUACCUGCCUGUGCAGGGUGCCCACAUAGAGGAAGUGGAUCGAUCCUGUGACUCAGACGAAGACUAUGAGGCUGGAGGAACUGGACGGUUGCUUUCUUCCCACUGCACCCUGGUGAUCCAUCCUCCAGAGCACAGCCCCACCUAUCUCCUCAUAGGCACCAAGCAUGAAAAGGAUACAUGGCUUUACCACCUCACAGUGGCAGCAGGUGGUAGCAGUGCCAAGGUGGGCACUGCCUAUGAGCAGCUCAUUGGGAAACUGAUGGAGGGUGAGGGAGACCCAGACUCCCCGCUCUGGAGGCAUCCCAUGCUGUGCUACAGCAAAGAUGGGCUGUGCACCUCCCUUACAACCCUGCCCUCCGAGGCCCUGCAGACGGAGGCCCUCAAACUCUUCAAGUCCUGCCAGCUCUUCAUCAAUGUGCCUGUGGAGGCUGCCUCGGUGGACUACCAUGUGUCCCUGGCACAGACAGCACUGCAGGUCUGCCUUGUUCACCCUGAGUUACAGAGUGAGAUCUACUGCCAGCUCAUGAAGCAGACCAGCUGCCGCCCACCUCAGAAGUACUCACUCAUGCAGUGCUGGCAGCUCCUAGCUCUGUGUGCCCCACUCUUCCUGCCUCAGCACCACUUCCUCUGGUAUGUCAAACAGCAGCUCCAGCGCCAUGCAGAUCCCAAAAAUGAAACUGGUCAGUAUGCUACCUACUGCCAGCGAGCAGUGGAACGGACCCUGCAGACAGGAGAACGGGAGGCCAGGCCAUCACGUAUGGAAGUGGUGUCCAUCUUGUUACGAAACCCCUUCCACCACUCCUUACCCUUCAGCAUUCCUGUGCACUUUGCCAAUGGAACGUACCAGGUAGUUGGUUUUGAUGGCUCCUCCACAGUUGAUGAGUUCCUCCAGCGGCUGAAUCAGGAGACAGGCAUGAGGAAGCCUUCCUACUCUGGCUUUGCCCUCUUCACAGAUGAUCCUUCUGGCAGGAACCUGGAGCAUUGUCUACAAGGAAGUGUCAAGAUCUGUGAUGCCAUCUCCAAAUGGGAACAAGCCUUGAAGGAGCUGCACCCUGGAAAAUCUGAGGGUGGGACACGAGUCGUGAAGCUGAUGUAUAAGAACAGGCUAUACUUUCGGAGUCAAGUCAAAGGAGAGACAGAGCGAGAGCGGUUACUACUCGCCUCCCAAACCAGUGCAGAAAUAGUGGCGGGGCGAUUUCCAGUCACCAAGGAACUAGCUCUUGAAAUGGCUGCCCUGAUGGCCCAGGUAGAAUAUGGGGACUUGGAGAAGCCUAUCCUGCCAGGCCCUGGGGGCAUACCCCCUGCCAAAGCUCAGCAUCUCCUCCAGCAGGUCCUAGACAAGUUCUACCCAAGGCGCUAUAAAAAUGGAGCACCUCCUGAACAGCUGAGGCACCUGGCAGAUACGCUAGCCACCAAAUGGGCAGCAUUGCAAGGCUGCUCCCCUUCAGAGUGCAUCCGCAUCUACCUGACUGUGGCUCGGAAAUGGCCACUCUUUGGUGCUAAGCUCUUUGCUGCUCAGCCUGCCCAGCUGUCUUCUAAGAACACUCUGGUGUGGAUUGCUGUGAAUGAGGAUGGUGUCAGCAUCCUGGACCACCACACUAUGCAAGUGCACAUCACUUAUCCCUACUCUUCAGUGACAACCUUUGGUGGCUGCAGAGAUGACUUCAUGCUUGUGAUUAGAUCCAUUCCAGACCAAGGCUCAGGAAAAGGCCACAUUGACAAGUUGAUUUUCCGGAUGCCUGCUCCCAAGAUUGCAGAAACUACCUUCAUCAUGGCUAGCUACAUGAACCACUGCUCUGCACCUGUGAACCUAUCCACCAAACUGCCUGCAGCCCGCCAGCCCUGGGAACUGGAUGGACAACAGUUCUUUGCAUCUGUUUCUUGUACUUCUAAGGGGCCAGCAUCACUAUGAACAUUUUUCUCCCCAUUCCCAUAGCACCACUGGUGCCUCUGGGAUCACUACUGGAGUAGUUCUGGGGUAUACUACUACUGUGAUGGGUCGGCAGCCCCUCUGCCUCAACUACUCUAUGAAAUGUGCAUUUCAGGGUCUUUGUAGCCUUUUUGCUCUCUAGGUGCCUUACAUUUCAAGGCCCAACAUUUUAGAAUCCAGACUCAGUGUAAAAACCACUUACUAUUUCUUUCACAAGAAUACUGACUCUGGAUGCUACCUGAUUCUAGACUGAGACAGGGAUGGCCCUGUUACCAAGGACAGUGGUACUGUAUCUGGAGCUUCUCAGAGAAGCUCAUAUUUUUAUGUUGUAUGUGAUCCUUAUGUGGGUUUUAUACUUGAAGUUUUCUAAACAUCCCUGAACAGAAUAGAACUAAAAUAUCUAAUUCACCUAAACUCUGACAAACACUCAAACUGGACCUCCUUUCUCAUACAGAAAAGUACUGGCAGGGCUAGAGAAAACGGUGAACUUUCCUCCUCUACUGGUGAGGAGGCAACUGCAAUGCCCCUAUUGGUGCAGUAGCUCCAAUCUUUGCAGGAGAGCACACUUCCCCUGCUAAGAUUCAAGCUUUUUCUUUAACACUGGACUAGCACAGGCAGGGAUAGCUCUACCUGAUCCCUCCCUGUGCCAUUUUAACACCCAGACAGGGCUAAGUGAAAGCUGUGCUCACUACUGAAGGAUGAGGUGGCCAUCAUCCCCCACUCUGAAAGAAUAAGCAAAUGCUUUGCUGCUCUGUGAGGCCACUGAACACAAAAGACCCCUCCAGUUCCUCUAAGGCCUGGGUGUGCUCAUCAAGACG